AUGCUCUUCCCAAGGGCUUUCUGCCUCGUCGCCUUUGUCCUGCCUCUAGCUCAAGGCUUUCAAAUGAGUUUUUUCUCCGGUGUCACCCAGUGUAGCGGAGAGCAAGUCGACCGCCAAGUUGUGAAACCGUCUGACGGAUGCCAAAAGACCGGUGUCGGCCACGCAGGCGGCGUCAUUAUCCAAAACUCCGACGAUAGCGAUGUCAACAACUUUGCCGUCUUUUUCUCGUCUGAUGACUGCAACCCAGACAAGGAGAUCGUCCACAGUGACAACGGUUGCCAGUCCCCAGCCUACAGAUCCUUCGCUGUCUGGGACGUGGGGAGUGGGUAA